UUUAAAAAAAAAAUUUCCAACCCCCUCCGACACUUCCCAUCUUGCCUACUCCCUAUUUCCCAUAAGACCCAAAAUCCUAAUAACCCUAAAUCGUUAAAUCUCGACGUACACACAAGCCUCUUCAUCGAUUCCUUCAUUCAAGGAUUCUCGUCUCUCUCACUCAAUUCCCAAACUCCUAAUCUCAAUCUUGAGUCUGCCAUAGUCCCAAUUUCCCCAAGACCCAAACCCAAACAGAGGAUUUUUUUUCAACGCCAUUCAACACAAAUUACCAGCAAUUUUAAAUAAAAAAUGUAAUAUUAACUUGCUUUUACCUUAAAAUUACUUGUUUGGCUGUUUGCAUUUGAUUGUUAUUGUUUUGGUUAUCUGUUUAUUUGGUUUAGCCGAUUGAUUUUUUUAAUAUCAGAAUUUUGGACAGAUAAUGGGGAAUAACAGCCAAAACGGACCGUUGCUUUUGCUAUUCUCCGUUUAUGCUGCUUUUCGGUGGCCGCCACAGUUUUUUGAACGGUUCAGGUAUUGAGAAAUUUAAUCGGAUUCAGGAACAGGUAUCGCAAAAGUAGUGGAUAUAGGUAAGUAGUUUUAGUUAUGUUUUCUAUAUGUAGAUCUUUGGCUAUUCUCUCUGCAUUUUCCACCAACUUAACAAUAACAUUUUCUUCAAACAUACACCUCAACUCCAAAAGUUGUCACCACAAUCACCCAAAUGCUACCAUUUGCAAUUGCUUUGCUUUCCACCCAGAUGCUGCCCUUUUAAAUUUUUUACAAGUUUUUUGAUAGGCAAAUCCAUUGGUUUAUCCUUUCUGGCUUUUUUGCUAACAUAGACAUGUCAAAUUCAACAUGUAAGUAGUCAAAAUCUCUAUUAACAUAUGGUAUCAUGGGGUAGUCAAUUAUACCUGUUUAUCUUAGCAGAAAAGGCUUGUAAACAACUUGAAGGGGUGGCAUCUGGAUGUAAAGCAAAUGAAAAUGACAGCAUUCUCUGUUCCCUAAAGGAUUUGGGUGAUUGUAGUGAGGUAAUUUUGGAGAUGAGAUGUAUGUUUGAAGAAAGUGCUAUUGUUAAGUUGGUCGAAAAUAUAGAGAUAAUAGCUAGAGAUCUCAAUUUGGAAAACAUGCCUGAAAUUACUUACCAACAGUGCCCCUGUUACAACUCAAUAGCUGAAGUUGAUUCAAAUAAGUGUAAAUUACGGAAAGCUGCUUCUAGAGAAGAUUCCAGUGACAAUUAUUUGUAUUGUCCAUCAGCAAGAGAUAUUCAGAAUGCAGACUUGAAUCAUUUCCAAAGGCAUUGGGCCAAAGGUGAGCCUGUUAUCAUCAGUCAAGUGCUUGAGAAUGCAUCUGGAGUUGGUGUGAGUGAGCUUGGUUUCUAAGUCAGCUGUUCUGAUGGAAUGCACUUACAGUCAAUAUUCACCAGUUCUUUAAGGGUAUAUAGAAGGCCGCUUUGACAGAGAAGAAUGGCUUCUGAUAUUUAAGUUGAAAGGCUGGCCCCCAUCCAACAAAUCUGAGGAGCGUCUUCCUUGUCAUCUUGCCGAAUUUCUUUAUUGUUUGCCAUUUGAGGAAUAUACGCAUUCUCAAAGUGGCCUUAUAAAUCUUGCUUCUAAAUUGCCUUUGGAUUCCCUUAAGCCAGACGUGGAGCCAAAGACAUAUAUUGCUUAUGGAGUUGCUCUGGAGCUUGGACGUGGAGACUCUGUAACAAAGCUUCAUUGUGAUAUGUCUGAUGCGGUAUAUGCUUAGUUCUCCCUUUCCCCCCUUACUUGUUUUUAAGUUUAAUUUUUAUUUUUCAAUGCUGCUUAUCUGCUAAACUUGUUCAUUUACAGUUCAUAAAGUCAGGAACCUACAGUGUAGACUUUUCAUGUCCUCCAGUGUGAAUUUUGAAUUAUUUGCAUGAUAAAAACUGCAUUUUGAUUAAGUCAAUUCUCAUGAAUAUGGAACCUACAACUAUAUUUGUUCCUUAGAAAGUGUUAAUGGAUCACCUGUAUUUUGAAAUGUGGUGUUCUGGAAAAGGUGCUAACACCUUCAAUUAUGUUGCGUAUGUUGUUCUGGCAUAGAUUUUAUAACCUGUUUGCAGUUUAAUUAGGUUCUGCCUUGAUUUUACAUCUCAGAGUAAUCUCACGUCGUGUACAUGUUUAAGGAAUUUUUGCUGCACUGAUGGUUUUAACUUGUCAAUAAUGAUAUAAAAGUAUUAAAUCAUGAAUCCAGCUGCCUAGCACAUUUGGAAGUGUGGGUUCAAGAGGCCUGAGGCUAUACUGUCACUUUAUUGAGACACUACACAGAUGCUUUAGGAAUCUCAUUUUCUUUUGUGGUUUUUUUAUUCUGAAUAUUCUAUGCGUAUUUAAAAUGUAACCAAAAUGGUUAUAUCCAGUACAAAUGAUGUUUUUUCCAUAUUGGAUAAGGGACAAGUAUUGAAGCCCAUUUAGCUGGUAGAGCUGUAGCUAUGACUACUAUAGAUGGUAUUUGUGAUGUGUCUGAUUUCUGAUGCUCUUGUAUUUCUGUCUUCUAGUCUGCAUAUAGGUUGCUCUUGACUUUGUUUCACCUGAUAAUACUGUUGAAUCUGUUCGAUUACUUCUACAAGGCCAUGGAGCUAAAGAGGACAAACUGGAGGUACAUGGAUAAUAACUACCGGACUGGAUGCUGUAAUUUCUAGGUUUUUCUUUUGGCCUUUGGAGAGAGGGACAGGUGAGUUUUCUGAUUUGAUGUCCAACCCAAAAAAAGGAUGUUGGAGAUAAUACCUGUUUGAGUGCAUGCUUCGCUUAACUUCGAUUGUUAUGGAAUAUUUUUUCCAAGAUGUGCUCAAACAUUAGUAGUCCUCUCCGUUCAUCAAUAAUAUCAGCUAAACCGAUUUUGGCACAUCUGCAUAAGGUUGCAUAAAGUUCUUGUGACGGUGUUUUAUGUUUUAAUAUAAAAGUUGGGAGUUCUGGCACUUAGAAUGCUGUUCUCUCAUUUCUUUUCUGAAUCAGGUCCGGAAAAUUAUAUACUGCAUGCGAUGUCUCAGACUGUUAAGUAUUUGGAUCCUCAUGCAAAGUCACUUUAAAUAUAUAUAGCUGGUAUUUGUUUCUUGAUGCUUGUAUGUUAUUUUCUUUUUUUUUAGUUCUUUGCAUAAUAUGUAGAG